UCAGCGCGCAGGGAUCGGCUCCAAAUGGCGGUGCCGAUAGGGUUGCCACGGUCGCCGGUCGCCGAGCUGCACCACGCAGUAGCGGCAGACCUCGUAGACGGGGGGAUCCCGACGGCGACGGCCCUGCACACGGCCGUCGGGCGGUGGCGUGGCAUCGCCCCGAUGGACAUUCACGAAGUCUUGGAGGGGUCGCGCCUCAAAACAGACGUCGCAUUGCCGAGUAUCCUCAGCCUCGCAGGAAGGUGGCGGCGAUCGGCCGUCACUCAUGCCGCACGCCGGUGAUGAUGGCACACAUGCCCGAGCGAAAGCGAGGGCUUCACCUGUGAGUGAAAGCAAGGGCGUCCGGGGUUCGAAUCUCCCCUCCAAGUGUUAUCCCGAGGCGCCGGCUCAGUAGCAGGAUCCAGGAGAAUGCCCGAGCGGAAAGCAAGGGCGUCCCCUGUGAGUGAAAGCAAGGACGUCCCCUGUGAGUGAAAGCAAGGGGC